AUGUCCGAGACUGCCCUCGUAGUAGCCAUAUCGGGCUGCUCCUCCAGCGGAAAGACGACGCUGGCCCGUCUACUCCGUGACAUAUUCCCAUCUACAUUCAUCCUUCACCAAGAUGACUUUUACAAACCUGAAAAUGAAUGCCCCGUCCCGCAGGAGACCAUCGCCGCUCUGAGGACCGAGGUCGAGGACUCCCUAGCCUCGAUACCCGGUCAGCCACUCGGGACCCGCCUGAGCUUCUGCAUCCUAGACGGCUUCCUCCUCUUCCCCGAGUCCAUGGCCCCCCUCCAGCCGCACCUGGACGUCAAGCUCUUCCUACGCACCACCUACGCCAGGGCCAAGGCCAGACGCGAGGCUAGGGACGGGUACGUCACCAUCGAGGGGUUCUGGGAGGAUCCGCCCGGGUACGUGGACGAGAUCGUCUGGCCGAAUUACGUCGAGGAGCACGCCUGGAUGUUCAGGGGAGGCGAUGUCGAGGGCGAGUUUGACCAUGCCGUCCUCCGGGACAGCGGCAUCCGGGUUCCAGGCCAGAGGGGGGAUGUGAACCAGGAUAUGGGCGAUACGUUGAAGUGGGCUGUCGACGUGCUCCUGGACGAGAUUCGCCGCCGCAGCACCGGCGGAUGA